UCCCACCCACCAGCUCUCAGUUGCAGGUAACAGCCAAGUCAGCGUCCACAGAGCCAGGGGGCUCUCACUGCCUUUUCAGUGCCAAAAGAAUGAUGAUUGCAUGAUCUGUGCCUAAGUGGAGAAGUAUUAAAGCUAUUGCCUGUAGUGGAAAAGAUGAAGAGCACCUACACCAGCUGGAUGAGCAAAACAAAAUGCUGAAAGAAAAAUUAGUAUCUCGUCUCCGGUUUGAACCAGAUAGGGCAGAGGCACUGCUUAUGUCAUCCUCAGCAGAGGAGAAAUACCCUAUUCUUCGCACAGCAGUUUACAGAGCAAGCAGAGAAAGAAAACACAAAGCAAGGAUAAGAGAGGAAGGCAUUUGUUUUGGAAAUGUACUCACAAGAAUACAUAAGGAGGGAAGAGAACAAUCUGUUUGUCAGCCUACUAGCAUUUCAGAGCAUGAGACAAAGUUAAAAAGCAGCACAACAAAACCAACAUCCUUAAUGUCAAAGAUUACAGAUAAUGUUAGAAAGACUGAAAUGCAAACAGCAGUAUUGGAACCAAGUUGCCAUAAAAAGGCUCGUGAGCAACCAGAAGUUGAAAGACCUUCUAAAAAGCCCUUCAGAACCAAAGUUUGUUCUUAUGAUAGAACAGAAGCAAUUGAUGAUGAUGCUACAACACAUAUCUUGAGGCUUCGAAGCAAACUUGGCUGGCAAACAAAUGUGCAGUCAUCUGAAUUGUUACCUGGAGAGGCUGAUGUGGCCAGAUUUCAGAAGUUCACACUUAAGACACCUCUAGUGCUAGAAGAUAGUGGGAAAUAUAUAUAUAUUGUCUUCAAUGAAACAGGAACAACUUUAAAGCUCCCUACAACCCGUACGAUUUACAGGUUGUCUCUGUGAAUACAGCUAUGCAUAGCAAAAUAUAUUGGACUGUUUCAGCUUUGUAUGUGUCUAAGGUAAUGUUGUACAGCACACAGAACAAUAUGA